UUUAUUACCGUUUCUAAUAAGUUUUUCUUGCUGACUGUACUUCCUAGAACUGUCAUUCGAGUGCAUUGGUUUAUUCUCUUUGAUACUAUUUACCGGUUUGUUCUACUAUGCACAGGUCACAGGUAGUAGGUACUAUAUAAAUAGAUUUAGCUGAUAAAAGAGUUAAGACGUAAAACUUAAAAGUAUUGUAAAUAGCAGGAUUGAUAAGACUUAUUCGUCCAAAAGCGCACAUUUAUAUCGUAUUUUCGUAAAACAUACCGAAAUAUACCAUGAUAACGCUACGAAUAUUGUGUAAAUCAAACAACAAAAACCUGAUAUGUAAAAGGUUUAAUUGCUCUAGUCACCAGAAUUAUGAUAUUGUAGUGAUUGGUGGUGGAAUUGUGGGUGCAGCUUCCGCAAGGGAGCUUAUUAUAAGACAUCCCACUAUGAAAGUAGCCCUCAUAGAGAAAGAAAAAAGGUUUGCUUUUCAUCAAAGUGGUAAUAACAGUGGAGUGAUUCAUGCUGGAAUUUAUUAUAAACCAGGAUCUCUAAAGGCAAAAUUGUGUGUGGAGGGACUGAAUCUUUCUUAUAAAUAUUUUGAUGAAAAGAAUAUUAAAUAUUUGAAAUGUGGAAAGUUGAUAGUAGCUACUGACAGGUCAGAGGUACCACGUCUGCUAGAUUUAUAUGACCGUGGUAUAAAAAAUGGUGUAAAAGACAUAACAUUAUUGGAUGCAAAAGAAAUCCGUGAACAAGAACCUAAUUGUAAAGGCAUACAAGCUUUAUGGUCUCCACAUACAGGAAUUGUUGAUUGGGGUGAGGUGACCCAAUCAUAUGUUCGAGACUUUGAAGAAUAUGGAGGAAAGACUUAUUUGAACUUUGAGGUAAAACAAUUCACUGAAGGCCAUAAUCCUGAUUUUCCUGUAAUUAUAACAGAUAAUAAGGAAAAUACAGUGCAGGCUAAGUAUGUGCUAACAUGUUGUGGUUUACAAUCUGAUACUGUUGCUGUUUUAACAGGCUGCCCAGAAGAGCCCAAGAUUAUUCCGUUCAGGGGGGAAUAUUUAUUUUUAUCACCAAAAAAGAGUAAUCUAGCUAAAGCAAACAUAUAUCCAGUACCAGAUCCUCGGUUUCCAUUUCUAGGAGUGCAUUUAACUCCAAGAAUAGAUGGAAGGGUUAUUGUGGGACCAAAUGCAAUUUUAGCAUUUUGCAAAGAAGGCUAUAGGUGGAGUGAUGUAAAUAUGCAUGAAUUAAAGGAAGUAUUAUCAUUUUCUGGAUUUCGUAAGAUGGCAUUUAAGUAUACUGGAUUUGGAUUAAAAGAAAUGGCUAGGUCCAUAUUUAUACCUUUACAAGUUAAACAAAUUCAAAGAUACAUUCAAAAUAUCACAAGCAGUGAUGUAGAGAGAGGACCUGCAGGAGUAAGAGCGCAGGCUAUGGCUAAAGAUGGGACUCUAAUAGAGGACUUUGUGUUUGAUUCCAAGCCUGGGUCCGGUGCAAUUGGUAGCCGUGUACUGCACUGUAGAAAUGCACCAUCGCCAGGCGCAACAUCAUCCCUUGCAAUUGCAAAAAUGAUUGCUGAUAAAAUGAAAGUCACAUUUAACUUAUAAUCACGACACAAUUUUAAUACUUUCUCAAAUAAUAUUCUCCACUGUUCUAUUAUGUUAAUAUUAAUAAAAAUGUGAUAAUUUGUAAAUAAUAUAUAAUAGCCUAUUUAAAAUAAGGAUUAUUUAUAUUUUUUGUAAGUUAUCUUUAUUACUCAGUAUAUUUUUUAUAAUUAACUAUUGUUUAUUGUUAUAAUUACUGUAUUGUAUUUUUAUAAUCAUUAAUUAAAAAAAUUAUAUCUGUUUAA